AUGUCUGGCUUCGCUGGGAACGUGGACUGCGAGGAUUGUUUAUCUCCUGCACAUGUGGCCGAUAACAGCACGGAGCUGCACCUGCGCCCGUCCACCGCGGAGGAGGACGACGAACUUCUCAGAUACAUCUGGAGCGAGUACCUGCACCCCAAGCAGUACGAGUGGGUUCUCAUCGUGGCUUACAUUAUCGUGUUCUUCGUUUCGCUCAUUGGAAACUCGCUUGUUUGUUUUGCAGUGUGGAAGAACCGGCACAUGCGCACCGUGACCAACUAUUUCAUUGUGAAUCUCUCCUUCGCCGAUGUCUUGGUCACCAUCAUCUGCCUGCCUGCCAGUCUCGUGGUGGACAUCACAGAGACGUGGUUCUUUGGAAACACUCUCUGCAAAGUUGUGCCUUAUCUGCAGACCAUCUCUGUUUCUGUGUCAGUCCUAACGCUGAGUUGCAUAGCACAGGACCGUUGGUACGCUAUCUGCCACCCACUGAUGUUCAAGAGCACCGCCAAGAGGGCUCGCAAGAGUAUCGUGAUUAUCUGGGUUGUGUCAUGCAUCAUCAUGAUCCCGCAGGCUAUUGUGAUGGAGUGCAGCAGCUUGCUGCCUGAACUCACAAACAAGACCAGCCUGUUCACGGUGUGUGAUGAACAUUGGAGAGCUGAGAUCUACCCGAAGGUGUAUCACACCUGUUUCUUCAUUGUCACCUACUUUGCACCAUUAUGUCUCAUGGUCCUGGCGUAUAUCCAGAUAUGUCACAAGCUGUGGUGUCAACAGAUUCCCGGGAGCACAUCAGUGAUGCAGAGGAAGUGGCGGUCCAUCCAGUGCUCGGCCCCGGUGCCGGGCCCUGGAGAGCCUGUCAGGGUCAGAACCAGCACGGUGUGCGCGGAGAUUAAACAGGUCAGAGCUCGACGCAAGACAGCUCGGAUGCUGAUGGUGGUGCUGUUUGUUUUCGCCCUGUGCUACCUGCCCAUCAGCGUGCUCAAUGUCAUGAAAAGAGUCUUUGGGACUUUCAAGACCACCAAUGACCGAGAGACGGUGUACGCGUGGUUCACGCUCUCACACUGGCUCAUCUAUGCUAAUAGUGCAGCAAAUCCCAUCAUCUACAAUUUCCUCAGCGGGAAGUUCCGUGGGGAGUUCAAAGCAGCGUUUUCUUGCCACUGUUAUGGCCAAGACCAAAAUCCAACACAGAGGAUACGGACCAGAACGAGCACAGACAGCCGGAAAUCUCUGUCCACUCAAGUCAACAACAUGGACAGUGUGUCACGCAUUUCAGAUCAAAUAGUGUAG